AUGUUCCUUAAACGUUAUGUUCACGUGGUAUUAGACGCUGUAUUAGGUAGUUAUAUCAAGAAUAUUGAUCCUACAACAUUACAAAUUAGUAUCUGGAAUGGAAAGAUUGAAAUUGAAGCAUUAGAAUUACAACCUGAUGCAUUUCCACUCAUGAACCAAUACGAGUGGAUAUACAAGAUGUCAGUCUAUUUGUACAAGUUUAUCAAGAGGAUCGGACACAAUUGA